AUGCUCAGAUCCGCAAUCGGAGAAAUGACCAAAAAUGUAUCGAUUUUGUCCAAUAAUCACUCUCUCUCCCUUAGAAAGCUAUUUUACCAACAAACACUAUUCACAUUAUUCAUAAUAUCUUUACUGCUUUUGUCCGAAGUUCCGAAGCUAAACAUUUUGAGGGUGGCUUUAGAAAUUGAGCGCCAAAUAAUCGGCUUUCUUUUCUUUCCCCAAUCAGGAAAUACUAAAUCUUACAGUCACGUGGGAGAGGAAGAGGAGGAGGAGGAGGUGGAAGAGGAGCAAGGGGAGAAAGAAGAAGAGGGAAAGGAGGAGGACGAUGGUGAGGAAGAGGACUCUGUGGCGUCUGAGCCGAAAAGCUACUAUGUUGAUCCGACGACCUACGAGGAUCCAAGUCAGGCCAUACAGGAUUUCACGAAAGAACUUGAUCCCAGCUGGGUGGAGAUCGAAUCUGUAAUUGGAGGAGGUGAGUACAAAAUCGCUUGGUAA